AUGAUCUCGCUUCCUGAGUUCCAUAGCAAGCUUGGGAGGGCUGAAUGGGCAAAACGUGCCCUGGCCGCCCGAGGAGAUUGGUCGGGUCUCGCGACGAAAAGACGACAGAUCGAGGAGGGCGAGAAGAAGGAGCAGAGUAACGAUCAGACCACGACAGACCGGACCGAUAGGGACUGGGAAAUGCCAACAACGAAUCCUAGGCUAAGAGGCCCGCUUCCCCUACACGAGGCCUAUCAACGUAUGCUCGCCGGCCACCGCCUGUGCUAUAACAUCCCCGCCCACACUGGCGAGCAUUCCACGGCGCCGUCUGGUCUCGGGGGGGCUGGGGGAUAUGGGGCCAGGGAUAUCGUGGCCGAAGCGGUCGCCGCUUUGGGUCGAUUUGAUAAAGUGCGUAUGGCGAAUCCAGCCCAAAACCAGUAUAAUAUUAACCCUGGUACCAUUAUCGGUACCGCCUGCCUGCCGUCGCCGCGGCUAUUUUUGGGAGAUUAUCGAGAGAUUGCGCGGUCAGCGGUGCUCGUGGCCGAGGCCAACGCCAUGGUUCCCGACAAUGUGGCUUGGACUUCCAACACAAGCACAAACCUCGGCCGCAGGUUUAAGGUAACGCGCCGGGCGGCGGCGGCCAGGGGUUCGUACUGGAUGGAGUCCAUCGAAUGCAAUGGUACCGUCGUUUGGGACGACGAUCCCUCUGAGUCGAAACCGACAGAGACGACCGAAGAGCCCAUCCGGCCCAACGCCAAGGACAGCGAGGUCACAUGCUUCACCUCAAGGCAGCGCCAAGGGGCAGCUAAGGGCUACAUUGCUCUGUAG